CUGUUUUCUGAAAUAUCUUUUCCUUAAAAAAAAAAAACAUUCCUCAGCAAAACCUAAACAAACACUCUGUUUCUGUUAGCUUAGGAUUUCAUCACAGCUAAGAAGACAAGGAGACAUUAGUUUCUGCAUUGUAAUUCAGUUCCUUGAUUUACAAGAAAUUGUAUUGGUUUUGUUUCUCUAUCUCUAUGUCUUCUUCUCGCAAUUGGGACUAUGACGUCUUCCCGAGCUUUAGAGGAGCAGAUGUCCGCAAAACAUUCCUCAGUCACUUUCUUAAAGAGCUGGAUCUCAAAUCGAUCAAACCGUUCAAAGACAGUGAGAUCGAAAGAAGCCACUCGAUCGCACCGGAGCUUAUACAGGCGAUUAGGGGCUCAAGAAUUGCAGUGGUAGUGUUCUCCGAAAACUACGCUACUUCCAAAUGGUGCCUAGACGAAUUGGUGGAGAUUUUGAAAUGCAAAGAAGAGUUGGGACAAAUUGUGAUACCCAUUUUCUACGACUUGGAUCCUUUUCAUGUCAGGAAGCAAUUGGGAAAGUUUGGAGAAGCCUUUAAGAACACUUGCCUGAACAAAACAAAGAAUGAGAUACAACUAUGGCGGCAAGCUUUAAACGAUGUAGCAAAUCUCCUUGGAUAUCAUUCUCAUACAUGUAAUAAUGAACCAAAAAUGAUCGAGGACAUCGUCAGUGAUAUAUUUCAUAAACUGAAUGAAACUCCAUCCAAGGAUUUUGAUAACUUUGUCGGCAUCAACAAUCAUAUCGCAGAGAUGAAUUUAUUGUUGUGCUUGGAAUAUGAGGAAGCAAGGAUGGUUGGGAUAUGGGGUCCCUCGGGAAUUGGCAAGACUACUAUUGCAAGAGCUUUAUUUAAUCUCCUCGCUCGUCACUUCCAAGGUAAAGCCUUCAUAGACAGAGCUUUCGUAUCGAAGAGUAUAGAAGGUUAUAGGAGAGCCAAAACCGGCGACCAUAACAUGAAGUUGAGUUUGCAAGGGAGUUUCUUAUCUGAAAUUCUUGGCAAAAACAUAAAGAUAGAACAUUUAGGUGCGUUGAGAGAAAGACUAAAGCACCGGAAAGUUCUUAUCAUCAUCGAUGAUUUAGAUGAUCUUGUGGUGCUAGAAGCCUUGGCGGGUCAAACUCAAUGGUUUGGAAGUGGGAGCAGAAUUAUUGUGGUUACAAAAGAUAAGCAUCUUUUAGAGGCCCAUGGGAUUGAUCAUAUUUACAAGGUUGGUUUCCCAUCUGAAAAGCAAGCUCUUGAGAUGUUCUGUCGAUCAGCUUUUUCGCAAAACUCUCCGCCUGAUGGUUUCAUGGAGCUUGCUUCUGAAGUCGCAGCGUUUUCAGGUGGUCUUCCUUUGGGUCUUGUGAUUCUAGGUAAGGUUGUGAAAGGGAGGAACAAGGAGGAUUGGAUAGACAUGUUGCCAAGGCUUCGAAAAAGCCCGAACAGAGACAUUGUGGAAACAUUAAGAUUCAGCUAUGAUGAGUUAGAUAGCGAAGAAGAUAAAGCGAUACUUCGUCACAUAGCAUGUCUCUUCAACGGUGUGGAUGUCAAUAACAUCAAGAUGAUGCUCUCAGACAGUGAGUUGGAUGUGAAUAUAGGUCUUAAAAACCUAGCUGAUAAGUCCCUAAUAAAUGUAGUACCAUCAUGGAAUAAUACGAAUAUCGUGGAGAUGCAUUGUUUGGUUCAAGAAAUGGGUAGAGAUGUUGUUCGUAAACAGUCCGACAAGCCUGGAAAACGAGAAUUCCUUAUGAACUCAAAGGAUAUUUGCGAUGUACUUAGAGGUUGCACGGGUACUGAAAAGGUUUUAGGUAUAUCAUUGGAUAUAGAUGAGGUUAAAAAGGUGCGGAUACAUAAGAAUGCCUUUGACGGGAUGACUAAUCUCCGAUUUCUGAAAUUCUACAAAAGUUCCUUGGAAAGGAAGAAAGGUUUUAGAUGGGAUCUACCCGAAAGAUUCAAUGAUUUUCCCGAUAAACUUAAGUUACUAAGUUGGCCAGGAUAUCCGAUGAGAUGCAUGCCGUCUAAUUUUUGUCCUGAAUAUCUUGUUGAGCUAAGAAUGCCCAACAGCAAGGUUGAGAAGCUAUGGGAAGGAGUUGAGCUGCUUACAUGCCUAAAGCAUAUGGAUUUUUCGGAGUCUGAAAACCUCAGAGAAAUCCCAGAUCUUUCAACGGCGACCAAUCUUGAUACUUUGGUACUCAACGGUUGUUCAAGUUUGGUGGAGCUUCAUGAUAUCUCAAGAAACAUUUCAAAGCUCAAUCUAAGCCAAACAUCGAUCGUAAAAUUCCCCUCUAAGUUGCAUUUAGAGAAACUCGUUGAACUUUAUAUGGGGCAAACCAAGAAUGAGAGAUUUUGGGAAGGCGUUCAGCCUCUACCAAGCCUCAAGAAAAUUGUGUUUUCGGGAUGUGCAAACUUGAAAGAACUCCCAGAUCUUUCGAUGGCGACUAGACUUGAAACACUCAAUCUAAGUGAUUGUUCAAGUUUGGCAGAGGUAACUCUUUCCACGAUUCAAAAUCUCAAUAAAUUGAUGAUUUUGGAUAUGACAAGAUGUUCAAGUCUAGAGACUCUUCCGGAAGGCAUCAACCUGCCAUCUCUCUAUCGCCUCAAUCUCAAUGGAUGCUCGCGGCUGAGGAGUUUUCCAAAUAUCUCAAAUAACAUCGCGGUCCUCAACCUAAACCAAACAGGGGUUGAAGAGGUUCCUCAAUGGAUUGAAAACUUCUUUAGCCUCGAAUUACUGGAAAUGUGGGAGUGCAACCAGCUAAAAUGCAUCUCACCAAGCAUCUUCACACUCGAUAAUCUUAACAAGGUUGCCUUCUCAGAUUGUGAGCAAUUGACUGAAGUUAUAUGGCCUGAGGAAGUAGAAGACACCAAUAAUGCUCGCACCAACUUGGCAUUGAUCACUUUUACUAACUGCUUCAAUUCAAAUCAAGAAGCCUUCAUUCAACAAUCAGCUUCUCAGAUUCUGGUCUUACCAGGUGUAGAGGUGCCUCCAUAUUUCACUUACCGCUCUAACGGUAGCUCCCUUACCAUCCCUCUACAUCGUUCUUCUCUCUCUCAACAAUCAUUCUUGGAAUUCAAGGCUUGCGUAGUGGUUUCCGAAGAAACGGUGAACCAUCAGCUGUGCUUUAUAGACAUUCAGGUACACUGUCGGUUUAGAGACAAGCACGGGAACUACUUUGAGCCCCCUGAACCAAGAUUUUUAUCCUUGCAUCAGAAAUAUAAUCAUCUGAUUAUAUUUCACUGUCAAUUUCCUCUAAACCAAGACUGUGAUCAAGUUGAUAUAGAGUUUCGUCUUACUAGUAUUCGACUCUUACUAAAAGGAUGCGGUAUACGACUCCCAGAUGACCCUAUUCCAUCUCUGGCUAGCCUGAAUGAAGCGGAUGAAAGCAAAGCUGGUGAUGAGGAAUUGAAGGGAAAGGAACAAGUUAGCCUCUUCAAUGACUGUUCAUCAGUGGAAAACCGACUUGGUAAUCCAAAACAUCUUCAACAUGUUUGUGAAGCCAAUGAAGAAAAUUUGGCUAAUGAGACUGAAAACGGUGAAGAAUCUGGAGAAAGCAAUGUAAAAACAGAGAGCAGCAGGAAGCGAAUGCGGAUCACUUGAUACUUGUGCAGAUAAUGACGGGUUACCACUUGCCAGAACUUAAGAUCAUAUGACUUGCUUCCCAAGGUGCGGAUUAUAGUCUUCCGGCUCAUUUCUCGCCAAUACAUUUUCCAAUGGGCAAUGCGGCCACCGGAUUCUUCAUUAUGUUUGCUUU